AUGAACGGAGCAGGUUUUAUCUCUGCUGCUGACUCACGCAACAACAAGACUGGCCCCAUCAGCGGCCUCUUACAGUCUGCUACGUAUCUGGCUGGUCUGUCAGGAGGUGGUUGGCUCGUUGGGUCUAUCUUUGCCAACAACUUCUCCACAAUUCCAGACUUGCAAAAAGGUAACAGGGAUUCGGAUAUCUGGGCGUUUGACCGUUCCAUCUUCAAGGGGCCCGAAAGGUCAGGUCUCGGCGUCUUGAACACAGCUGAAUACUGGGAUGACAUCAAAGACGCCGUUGACGACAAGGCCGAGGGGUGGAAUACUACAAUCACUGACUGGUGGGGACGUGCUCUGUCUUACCAGCUGAUCGAUGCCUCCAAAGGCGGUCCUGCGUAUACCUUCUCCUCCAUCGCGGAUACAUCCAACUUCAAAGACGCAGAUACUCCAUUCCCUAUCCUUGUUUCUGAUGGCCGUGCCCCCGGCGAACGUAUCGUUUCACUCAACGCAACUGUAUACGAGUUCAACCCCUUCGAGUUUGGAACGUGGGAUCCCACCACUUAUGGUUUUGCUCCUACAGAGUACAUCGGCUCUAACUUUACAGACGGAACUGUCGAAAAGGGUGGCGAAUGUGUCCGCGGCUUUGAUCAGUUUGGCUAUGUUAUGGGCACAUCCUCUACAUUGUUUAACCAGUUCCUGCUCAACAACAUCACCAAGAUUGGAGAAGAAAACAAAAUUCCUUCCAUUGUCAUUAAGGCCAUCAAGGGCGUCCUGACAGAUCUGGAUGCCAACGAUGAGGAUAUCGCUGACUAUUCCCCCAACCCAUUCUACAAGUGGGACCCAACCGGCAAAAGCUACAAUGCCAAGGACCAUCAGUUGACUCUUGUCGACGGAGGAGAGGAUCUGCAGAAUAUCCCCCUUCACCCUUUGAUUCAGCCUGUUCGAGGUGUCGACAUCAUUUUUGCUGUCGAUUCUUCAGCAGAUACCGACAACAACUGGCCCAACGGCACUGCUCUUCGUGCGACAUAUGACCGUGUCGACUCCGCAUUGGGAAAUGGAACUCAGUUUCCCUCGAUCCCCUCAGCUGAGACAUUCAUCAACGAGAAGUUAAACCAGCGCCCCACACUGUUUGGUUGUGAUGCAAACAACUUCACACUUUCAGACGGUCGAUCUCCUCCUCCUCUUGUUUUCUACAUUCCCAACGCGCCAUACACUUUCCAGAGCAAUGUUUCCACCUUUGAUCUCUCGUACAGCAUCCCUGAGCGUGACAGCAUCAUUUUGAAUGCUUUGAAUGGUGCUACUCAGGGAAAUGCUACGAUUGAUAAGGAAUGGCCCACAUGUGUCGUCUGUGCCAUCAUGAGCCGAAGUUGGUGGAAGGCCAAUGAGACUGUUCCCAAGGAAUGCAGCACAUGUUUUGACAGAUACUGCUGGGACGGAAAGACGAAUAAUACAGCUGUCAAGACAUACGAACCUAACUUUAUCAUUUCCAACGAGACUGCAGCGGCAGAGGACAACGCGGCCACUGCCGGUUUCGCGCCUAGUUGGUAUGUGUCUGUAUUUGUCGGAGUUACCUUGUUGUUGUCUAUCUAGUCAUUGGCAAGUAGGUUUUUGGGUUUGGAUAUGUCGCCCAUCUCAAGGAUAUAAUUGGAUCUAUUUCGUUAAAAUACUAUAUUACUUAUUCAUGAUAUCAUUAUUUGAC